AUGAAUAAUUCAGGUCGGGCACCGGUAAACACUGGCUCAGGUGGUAGUUCGAAACAAUCCAGUAUUCGACGUGGUGGAUAUGAUGAUGAUGAUGAAUCUCCAACUCGAAAUGUUGGCAGAAGUACAAGAGGAGGUGGAGGAGGUGGAGGUGGUGGAGGUCUUGGUUAUGGUGAAUAUGAUAAAUAUUACAAAAACGCUCCCGGUGGCAACAGUCACGCACCAGUGAUGCCAAAAUAUGUUUUAUGUUAUGUGUGUGGAAGAAAAUAUGGUACACAGUCAAUUGAGAUCCAUGAACCACAAUGUUUAGAAAAGUGGCAUAUUGAAAAUGCUCGUUUACCAGCAAAUAUGAGAAGACCUGCACCGCGAAAACCUGAUGUUCAUAUAGCUACUGUAUUUUUAUUUCAGAGUCCAGCGGGUCCACCAAUCAAAAAUAAUGAAAGAAUAAUCAAACCUCGAGAAAAUGCUUACGCACCGGAUGAUUACAGUGAUAUACCAAUUUCAACAUCGAAACGAGGCGGUGGUGGAGGAGGUGGUGCAGCGUUUAGUGGAGGAAAUGCAGCAGCUGGCCUAUAUCCAUGUUCGAUAUGUGGUCGAAAUUUUGCCAGUGAUCGAAUUCAAGCACAUCAACAGGCGUGUCAAAAAGCGAGCAAAGCGAGAAAAGUAUUUGAUUCUACAAAACAACGUUUACAAGGUACAGAAGCAGCGUCAUACGUAAAGUCAACGAAAGGACGAAAGGCCGUAGAACCACCAAAAGUAAUAUUACUUAUUGUUAGUGUUCUCUUGAACAUUAAUUUAAAACAGAAACACGAAGACUUUGUACGUGCUAUUCGAUAUGCGAAACAAGCAACAAAUUAUGAAAAAUCAGGUGGACGAUUAGCCGAUUUGCCACCACCACCUCCAAGUCUUAAUCCUGACUAUGUUGCAUGUCCUCAUUGUGGAAGAAAUUUUGCUCCAAACGUCGCUGAACGUCAUGUUCCAAAAUGUCAAAGUAUUGUCAAUAAACCUAAGCCACCACCUGGAAUUCGAAGUGGCGGUCAACCACAACGUAAUCCCGUAUCGUUUGGUGGAGGUAGUGGCAAUAUGUCAAAUACACGUAGCACGGGAGGCGGUUUUGGUGCACCACCCAACAGAUCUACGCGCACUAACAGAUAUUAA